GACUCCAAAGGAUUAAAAAAGUAAGGGAAAAGAAAAGUAAACAUAAAUCGGGAGUUAAAAUUAUGAAGUUGAUGAUUGAGAAAGAAGAACGUUACAAAUUCUAUAAAAAUACCGGGGAGAAGCCAGAAGACCUGUAUAGUCGAGACAGAUAUAAACAAAUUGGAGCACCUCCUCCCGCACCUCCUGAAAUAGUUGAUGAUACUACAGAGGAAGACGCACCUAGUAACACUGCAACGACCAAGCAAUCACAAACUUCAAGCACAGAUGAGAUUAAGUCAGAUGAUUCCAACUCAGAAUUGCCCACGACCAAGGAGACACCGCUAUUAGUGGCAUCAAAGAUGGGUAUUGUAGAGAUGGUAAGGAGGAUACUCAAAAAGUUCCCAAUAGCCAUUCAAGAUACGGACUCCGAAGAGAAGAACAUACUGCUUUUGGCUGUAGAGCAUAGGCAGACAAUGGUCUAUAAUUGGCUAAUAGGGGAAAAGUAUCCAGAAUACGUGUUUUAUCAGGUGGACAAAUAUGGAAACAAUGCCGUGCACCUAGCUGCGAAGUAUCAGAAUCUCGAGGUGUGGCGCAUCCCUGGUAAAGCUCUACAGUUGCAAGGCGAAAGGAAGUGGUACAAGUAUGUCAAGCACACUUUGCCACAAUCAGAUGUUCGUUAUAACAAGAAAGGUCAGACACCAAGACGGAUCUUCGAAGAGACGCAUGCAAAGUUACUCGUAGAGGGCACCGAAUGGAUCAGCAAAACUGCUGAGUCAUUCUCUGUCGUAGCAGCACUAAUUGCUACAGUUGCAUUCGCUACAUCCGCCACAAUCCCAGGCGGAGCCGAUGAUAAAGGCAAACCACACUUAGAAAAUGAACCUGCUUUUGAC